AAAGUUUACGCUACUCCCUCUACGCGCCUGCGUAGAACUAACUACAGCCGAAACUUGUUCGAGUUUGUAAAGCAAGCUAUGUUAGCCAUCUAGCUAGAUUUUUUAUGCGAGUAAGGAGAUGGGUAAACGUUUCUGCUGACUAGUAAGUAAUGUAACUUUAAAUUAGACAAAAUAGCUGUUUAUUAUGAGAAAGAGGAUGCUUUGGAGAGGCCGAUUCGAAACACGAUUACUGUGUUUUUUGAAAAGAUAACGUUAGCCAGCUAAUGUUCCUAUUAGUACACCCAUCGGAGUAUUUCUGUUUAAAUGAUGGCUUUCAGGUGGCACAGCAACGUAGAUAACGUUACAGGCCAUAUAUACUCAGAUUAGCUACUUAGAUAGAUAUGUAUUUCACUAUCUCGGCAAAAUCAGAGGGGACAAACAGUUUUGAAAAAACGGUGGAUGUUUCAGGGCCCUGGUAAUGCGAACCGACCCUCAAUUCAUCUGCACGACCAACGUUAGCCGAAGUAUCGUAGCCAACUAGCUGGAAAAAGUCCCUAAGUAAACAACCCACCGAAUCGGCUGAACAGAAGGACACAAUAUCAACCUUGGUUUUGUUGACGGACCCACUUCCAAUAAUAUCUGAAGCAUGAUGGUAAUGCUGAUGUUGAAGGAACAGGGAACACUGAUGGCUGGAUAUAGGCAUCGAAUGGUCCUGUAGAAAAGCCAUGGGUAGCUGCUGUAGCUGUCCCGAUAAAGACUCGACUCCUGAUAAUCACCAAAGUAAAUUCAAGGUGGUCAAUGUUGAUGAUGACGGGAACGAGCUGGGCGCCGGCAUCAUGGAGCUGACUGAGGUGGAGCUGGUGCUACGCACCCGCAAGUGUGAGGCCGUCAAAUGGCCCUACCUGUGCUUGCGUCGCUAUGGCUACGACUCCAACCUCUUCUCCUUCGAGAGUGGGCGACGCUGUCAGACAGGACAAGGGAUCUUCGCCUUCAAGUGCGCCCGGGCCGAGGAGAUCUUCAACAUGCUGCAGGAGAUCAUGCAUAGCAACAGCAUCAGUGUGGUGGAGGAGCCUGUGUUCGAGCCCAACCACACGCAUGCCGACCUGGACCAGAUCCAACCCCCACGCACCCCUACCACUCCAGGUAACUCUCUCCCCGCGUUACCCAACGGCAGCUUACGGUACCCCUCUCUGGGCGAUGCCUCCUCGCAUCCCUCUAGCCGGCACCCGUCUGUGGGCAGCACCCGCCUGCCCUCAGUAGGGGAAGAGUCCACACACCCACUCCUGGUGACUGACGAGUCCUCAAGCGCCCAUACUUAUGUGAACACCACGGGCCUUCUGGACGAGCCCUCAAGCCCUGGCGUGGGGGCCACCCCUGUGGAGGCGGCGUGCCCGUUUCUCGACAGCGAGCCAGAGGACAUGCCCCCGGACCCUGGGCCUCGUGUGCAGCUGGAGCCAGAGGGCGCGAGGUUUGUGCUGGGCCCCACGCCAGUGCAGCGACGGCAGCAGCAACAGCAGCAGGAGGAGGAGGACAGUGACGACGAACCUCCCAGCUCCAAUGGAGGUCAGGGCGUGGGGUCGGCGACAAGGGAGAACAACCGGCUGGAGGUAGAGACGCCCUCUUCGCGAGGCCCGGAGCCCCCCAACCACAACGCGCCAUCGUCCCACCCUCGGCGGCACCGUCACAGGCCGCCCCCGCUCACCCCGGACCCCGCCAACGUCAACAACUCAGCCCUGCGUCGCACGGCCUUGCUGGACUACGAGAACCUGCCUGCGCUGCCGCCUCUGCGCGAGGUCUCCCGGACCGGCUCAGAGGAGGAGGAAGAGGAUGACGAGGAAGAGGAGGAGCAGCCCAAGACGCCCUCGUUGAACGGCUUCCAUCACCCCCACCCCCACCACUACCAGCAGGUACGCCAGCACAGCCCCGACCCCACGCACUACUACAUCAACACGGAGAACGUGACCGCGCCCCUCAGCAGCCGCCUGCCCGAAUCGGCUCGCUGGCGGGACCACCGCGCCCCGUCCACCGUCUUCAACUUUGACUUCCGCCGGACGCUCGACCCGAGCCAGCAGCGGCAGCUCAACUACAUUGAGGUGGAGACAGACGGGCGUGUGGUGGGAGGAGGAGGUGGUGGAGGAGGAGGAGGAGGUGGCUCAGACUCUAGCAACCCACACACGCCCAAGACCCCCACCUCGCCCCUCCCGCUGCCACACACACCCACACGCCGGACGGAGCUGUACGCCGUCAUCGACGUGGAACGCACGGCCGCUAUGUCCAGCCUCCAGAAAGCACUGCCCCGCUACGACGGUACCUCCAGGAAAACGCGCCACAACAGCGUGGACCUGCCCAUGUGAGAGGCCUGUCAGACACAGGCCAGUGACGUCUUAUGUCAGACACAAAACACACACCUAUUUAAACGCCAUGAACUGGACGCCAGUUUCUUUCCUUUGUUGUUUUUUUUUAUUAUUUUUAUACAUAAAGAGUCAGUACUUGGAACACCUCCACACAUGUGGCACAGUAAGCCACGCUAUCCGGUGCCCACCUAGAAGGGAACUCGAGAACGCAGGUGCUUUGUCAUUCUACCAUUUAUUUUUAUUCCUAUGGUAAUAUAAUACUACUAUUCUUACACUCAUUUUCCAGUGCCUGUGUAUUGGUUUUAUUAUGUUAAUAACAAGGUUGGACUACAUUCCAUGUCCAUCCCAUAUGGUACAAAUCAGUAUUACUGACCCAACAUUCCUUUUCUUCCCAAAUGAGUUGAGACCACAGGAUGUCUUCAUUUCAGUAUGUUGAAUAUCAUGGUACACUACAUCGUCAAUUUUCUGACUGCAUACGGUAGAUUCGUCUUGGCACAAUAAAAUGUUUAUUUUGUUCGA